UUGAGAAUUUCAUAAGACAGAAACAUAAUUCAUUUAUUUCGUAUUAUUUUUUCGCAAUUGAUGUAUUCUUACUGAAAGUGAAUAAAAAUCUAAUUUAAAUAUAUAUAUACAUGUAUAUUUUUUACUUCUCACCUUAAACCAAUAAUUCAAAAAUAAAUAAAUAAUAGAAAUGAAUGAUGUGUCAUCAGAGAACCAUGAAAAAGUUAGCGAAGAACUUAAAUCAACGGAGUUGCGUUCUCAUUCCAAUGUAGUAGCUGCUCAUUACAAUCAUCUUGAAGAAAAAGGCUUAAAAGAGAGAUUUAAUUCGCCAAUUUUUUAUUUAAGAAAUUUCAAUAAUUGGGUCAAAAGCGUUCUUAUACAAGAACACACGGAUAAAAUACGUGAAAAAGAUUACGGUAGACCAUUACGAAUACUUGACAUAUGCUGUGGUAAGGGUGGCGAUUUAAGUAAAUGGCAAAAAGCACGGGUAGAACAUGUAAUUUUUGCUGAUAUCGCGGAGAUCUCAAUUCAGCAAUGUAAAACGCGAUAUGAAGAUUUACGCCGACGCUUAGGACGAUUGUAUACUGCUGAAUUUAUAGCUACUGAUUGUACUAAAAAUACACUAAGAGAUAAAUACAAAGACCCUUCAAUUAAAUUUGAUAUUGCAAGCUGCCAAUUUGGAUUACAUUAUAGCUUUGAAAGUUUAGGGCAGGCACGUCGUAUGCUAUCAAAUAUAUCAGAAUGUCUUAAACCAGAUGGAUAUUUCUUUGGAACAAUACCAGAUGCAUAUGAAAUCAUUUCAAGAUCAAAAAAAUCACCAAAUGGAUCUUUUGGGAAUAGAAUCUUUAAUAUAAAAUUGCUAUUUAACCCUGAAAAUGGUUACCCUCUGUUUGGUGGGAAGUAUGAUUUUCAUUUAGAAGGUGUUGUAGAUUGUCCAGAAUUUUUAGUAAAUUUUGAACUGUUUGUUAAAUUGGCUAAGGAAUAUGGUUUAGAAUUGGUAUAUAAGGUUGGAUUUGCUGAUUUCUUUAAAGAUUUUUCAGGAAAGUAUAGAGAUUUAUUGCAAAGGAUCAAAUGCUUUGAGAGUUAUCCUGCAACAGCCAAUAGAGAAUUGAUUGGUGAGGAAAAAGAUUAUGAACAUGCAAAAGAAUAUAUGGCUAACAAGCCAGAUAAAACUGACAAUGUUGGCACAAUGAGCCAGUGCGAAUGGGAAGUUGCUACUAUUUAUUUAGCAUUUGUAUUGAAGAAAUGCAAAUCAACUUGGGAUUCAAAUGGGAAACAAGUAUUUGUAACUACAACAAAAACUGCACCCUCAAAAUAAUGUUGAAGUAUUAUUUAGUAUUAUAUACUGAAUGAAUUAGGAUAUAUGAAGGUUUAUAUACUAAAUUAAGCCUUAUAAUUUUUUUUAAUAUAAUAAAGUUGAAAAUGUUUACAAUAUCAAAAUAAACAAGGCUGUUGAAAUGAAAUCUAAAAAACUUAUAAUAUAUAAAAUUGUUGCUAGAAAAAAAUAGUUAAUACUAUGCUGAUUCUGCAAACUGUGUUAAUAAUAAUAAUAAUUUUUAAUACCUGUUUGACUGAUGAAAUAAAUUAUACAACUUAUAAAUAAAAUUGAUACCUCAAUAUCAUUAAUACAUUUUACUUUUAUUAGUAAAGAAACCUUAUUUAUCAAGCUACCAGAUGUCCAGUUUUCAUUCAGGGAGAUUAGUUUUUAUGUUUCAUUUGAGUAAAUAAUAAAAGGGGACCAUGGAGCAUCCGAUAUUUUCUAAAUUCUUACAAACAUUUUUUUUGUCAUUUAUCCAAAUGUACCUUGGUCUACCUAAAUGCCUAUAUUUGUUUUAAUCAAUUUUAAAGGGUCAGAAUUUUUAAAGUAUCUUAUUAUUAUAUAAACUUAUUUAUUUAAUUGUAAAUUUAAAGGAAUUUAUUUUAUCACUUUAUUUUCAAAACCCUAUUGAAAGUUUAAAAUAAAAUCAAUACCUCCGAUAAUGUAAGAGGUAUUGAUGAAUACAUAAAUGUAAUUAUAAAAUGCAGUACUUUAAAUAUGUAGUAGUAGAGUGAAAUUUCGAAGUUGAUAUUAUGUGUGCUCUAGGUUCCUAUUUUGUUCAUUUUUUAUUUCAAUAUAUUUUUCAUUUAAGAUCAUAAAAUACGAUGUUUAACAUUUUUAAUCUCGAAUUUGUUCAGACUGAUAGUAAUAUUCUUAUUUUUUAAUUUUAUUUCAUCAAUAAUAACCAGAUAAAGAAUUUUAUUAUUUUUCUUAUUUGAAAGAAUAUAUCGCAAACAGGGCAAAGCUUCCAUUUACAAAUUUAGUUUUAAGAUUAUAUUCAAAUUCAACUCAAGUCUGUUAUAAUUGUAAUAAAAUUUUAUAUAAAUAUGCGUGUAAUCUUAUUUUAGCAAGGAAAAUUAAAAAAAAUUGAAAAUGCUCUCAAGGCCAAUUUUGAUGAAAAUAAAAUUGCAUAAUUAUAUAUUUUUUCGAAUUACUUUCCCAGUUGGAACAUGUUUAACCUGUGGUAUUAUUGCAACAGAUAGUGUUUCUAAUGUACUAUUUUUUAAGAAACUGCAAAUUUAUUCAUAAUUUAAAAUUUAUAUAUAUAGGUAUGUGUAGGUAC